AAAAUGGCGACGGGGCAGAAGAAGAACAGGAAGAAGAGAGGCCACGUCAGCGCGGGUCACGGACGUAUCGGGAAGCACCGGAAGCAUCCAGGAGGUCGUGGUAACGCUGGAGGUAUGCAUCACCACCGUAUCCUCUUCGACAAGUACCAUCCUGGUUACUUCGGUAAGGUUGGUAUGAGGUACUUCCACAAGCUCCGUAACAAGUUCCAUUGCCCUAUCGUUAACCUCGAUAGGCUUUGGUCUCUUGUUCCCGAGGAGUUGAAGGCUAAGGCGGGGAAGGAUAAGGUGCCGAUGAUUGAUGUGACGCAGCAUGGGUUCUUUAAGGUUUUGGGGAAAGGUCAUUUGCCUGAGGGGAAGCCUUUUGUUGUGAAGGCUAAGUUGAUUUCGAAGACUGCUGAGAAGAAGAUUAAGGAGGCUGGUGGUGCCGUUGUCCUCACUGCUUAAGUUUAGGUCUGUUUUGCGUUUUGUUGUUUUAAGUACUGUCUUUUUGGAAUCGUUUUGUUGGACUUGGAAGUUUGUUGCGUUUUGGAAUGAGAGAUCUUUUAUUUAAUAUUGAUGGGUUUUAUAAUCGUUGUUUGGAGAUUGAAUGUGGUAUUGAUUUUUGCGUUUUUUUGAAUGUUUGCUAUAGAUUGUUCUG